CGAAUGAGUGUAGCAGCUAUAUUCCACUUCAGAUCAGACAGUCGUCGUUACUGUCUCCAACAUGUGGGCCUAGCUCGGUGCGGACUAGAGGUCAGCAGGAAAAAUUAGUCGACCUGAGGCGACCAACAUUCAGUUUGUAGACGAGAACGAAUUCAGUUUGUUCCUUCUGUUCAACCGGCGCCAGGCUCCUCCGUUCUCCUUUUUUCACGAUGUUUUUCACAAGCUGGCUCCGGAGAAAUUCCCGCGUGUCAAUAUGGUCACGAUCAGUGGAAUUUUUAUUUACUCUACUCCUAACACUUACGAUUUCGGCUUCUUGGAUGAGCGGCAACGCGCAGCCGACCUCGUCUCCCGGAGAGUUAACGGUAGCGUUCGACGAUCUUACUGACGACGAUUUCCAUGAAGACCACGGCCUGUGGGGCCUGCGAAAGACGGCGAUGGACGACUGCGAGUUAAUCGGAAAGGCGGGAAUCUGCGACCGAGCAGACGCGCUCAUAAUUGCUGAGGGCGAUGUGGGUUCGCGUCUGCACGCCGUUUGUGCGGCUUUUGCAGUGACACACCUCACGGAUGUUACCACAAUCGCCGUGUGGCCCAGCGACGGGCACAUGCAGCACAUCCGCUUCGCCGACCUCUUCGCUGUCGCGAGUAACAGCACCAGGCAGACAAGCGCGCGCAGAAAACGAGGGCACGAGGAUUCGCUGUGGGUCCGCAGCGUCCUGUGGCCGAUCGACGACUGGCGAGACCACCUCGACCCCACCAGGGAGAUGGUGUCCAUUCGGGCGUGCAACGAGAGCGAGGGCGAGGGGAGGACUCUCAGCAGUGCCGCUGACAGCUUCGAGCUCUUCUUCUCGCCGGACACCAACACGUGGCUGCGGGAGGACUCCGUUGACCCGUGCGAGUAUGAACAAGCUGUGCAAGCGUGCCUGGCGUCGCUGCACCCGUCGCCUGCUGUGGCCGUCACAGUGGAGCGAGAGAACCUCAGCCGCAUCCGUGCAGCCCAUGCUGUGAUGGCCGAGAGUCACCUCGAUUACAGGCCUUCGGGGUGCGUGCAGCAGGCAGGGGCAGCAGCAGGCACAUGCGCCAUGAGUCAACCCAGCACCCCCCACCUCAUCACGCCCACUCGGCCUGACUCAGACAAGGAGAGUGAGGAGAAGGAAAAAAAUGAAGUGGGGAGAAAGGAGGAGGGAGCUGUUGAGUACGGUCCGCCCUUUGCCCUGAGAGCCACUGAGACCCGCACUGCCAGUUGCCGCGGCAUGCAGGAGCUGGCAGGAGGGAGGGCGGAGGACUGGAGGAAGGAGCAUGGGGGGGCGGAGAUUGAUGGGGCGGAGGGGAGUGGAGGGGCGACGAUGGAGGGAAUGCUCAGAUGCGCUCGCUUGGAGCUGGCAGAGCUGUUCGCUCUGAGUUUCGCCCAUGGACUGGUCGCCUCCUCGCUCUCCUCGCCAAAGGCUAGAUUCGUGGCAGCGCAGGGCGUGCGGCGCACCCAGGGAUUCCUGCUGCUACCAAAACCAGAGGCCCUCCAGGGGCAAAAGAGCCGGGAUUCCAUGGGACGGGAUUUUGAUCUUAAGCAUCAACAGGAGGAGAUUGCUACUGGAGUCGGUGUUUCAGAUGACACCCGAAGGCACCUCCAGGACAACACCUGGGACUCCUCCGGUGGCUCCUCCUCGCCCUCUGAUUGGUCCAGCUCCUCCUCUGACUCGUCUUCCGAUUGGUCCUCGCCCUCCUCGGACUCGACGUCCUCGUCGGGUUGGUCCAACCCCAGUCCGCCUCCUUCUGAUUGGUCAACAUCACGUAGCUCCUCGCCCUCUGAUUCCUCCUCAUCAAGUUCCGGCUCCUCUGAUUGGACGGCUCCAGCUGACACGUCAUCUGGUUGGACGGCACCAGCGGAUACGUCAUCUGGUUGGACGGCACCAGCCGACUCCUCCUCUUCCUCCACCUCGGACAAUUCCUCCCCCUCGCCUGAUUGGUCCUCCAGCAGCAGUAGCAGCAGCACUGAUGCCGGAGCAUCGAACUCUGAGUGGGUAUCCACCAAUAACUGGGAGACACCUGGCAGCCCCCCUCCGCCUUCCGAUUGGUCAGAGACUUCCCCUCCCCCUCCUGAUUCGACGGGAGACAGCUCGUCCUCUGGUAGUUGGUGGCCUUGGGGUGGUUCAGGUGAAAGCUCAGGUGAAGGCUCACCGUCCCCAAGCCCCCCUCCCCCAAGUCCCCCUCCCCCAAGCCCUCCCCCUCCCAGCCCUCCCCCUCCUUCUGAUACUUACACUGACCCUGGCACUCCAUCCACCGACCCUUCAUCUACUAACCCAGACCCAAAUUCUGCAUGGACUGACCCAAACACUGCGUCUACUGACGCUGCCCCUGUUGAUACGAGCUCGGGCUCUGCUCCUACUGAUUCUUACACGGACCCAAAUACUGCAUGGACUGACCCCAACACCGCGUCUACUGACCCAAACACCGCAUGGACUGACCCAAACACUGCGUCUACCGAUGCUGCCCCUGCUGAUUCCUAUUCUGACUCUGCUGCUGCAGUGGACCCUGCGUCUGGCGCUGGCACGGAUCCCAGUGCUGCUGCAGCAGAUGGGGCGUCUGACAUUGCUGCUGCCACUGAUACAGCUGGUGCUUCAGGUGCUGACGCCUCAGGUGCUGCUUCAGGUGGUGACACUUCAGGUGCUGUUUCAGGCAUUGAUGGUUCCGUCUCCUUCGUUACAGACGAGGGCGGCGACACCAGCGGCAGUGACAGCAGCGAUGGUGAUAAUAGUGGUGGUGACAAUAGCGGCUGGGUCACUAGCAACGAGGAGGGGCCCUUGACCAGCAACCCAUCGUUUGGUGCCACUAUGGGGGGGGAGGAGUCGAUGGAUUCGACAGCGUGCAACAUCUACGAGGGCGAGUGGGUGUGGGACGAGGCCAACCGCCCUGCCUACAACAUGGAAUCCUGCCCCUUCAUCAAUACCGUGUCGCCCACGACCAGCUGCCUCAGGAAGAAGUACAACCGGCAGGACGACUCCUGGAUGAAAUACUCGUGGAAGCCAAAGCAGUGUGGCGGCAACACCAUUCGCUUCCAAGCGGCAGAGUUCGCCCAGAAGAUGCAGAACAAGGUGAUAGCUCUGGUGGGCGACUCCCUCAUCACUGAAGGCUUCAUGCCCUCGCUGCUCUGCCAGCUGGCGCAAGCUGGCACCGUUAGCAGGGUGGAGGGCAGUCCCCUGGGCAGCUUUGUGUGGCGCCUGGAAUCUCACAACCUGACUGUGGCCAACUACUGGAGCCCGUUCCUCAUGUGGACGUCUGCCAACCCCGUGGUGAUUCGGAAGCUGAGGGUGCAGGAUCCUGGUUUGGGCGACACAGCAGUGAACCUGGGAGCCUUUGACCCGCAGUGGUUCGACCAGGUGCAAGCCAUGGACCUCAUAGUUUUCCAGUCCGCCACGCACUGGCCGCACGCUGAGAGGUGGCUCCGGCGGUUCUUUGUGGACCGCAAGUGGAAGAAGAUCGACCCUGAGCCCGGCACCAUGACCGCGUACAAGCAAGCUCUCAACAAGCUGGGCAAGUCGUUCAACGCCGGCAACAGCAAGCGCUGGGACCUGCCUGUGCCCUACUUCCUCUCUGCGCCUCCCCGCCUGGUUAACUGCCAGGGCUCAUACUCCCCCGCCAACAGAACCACGUACGAGCAUAUGGUGCGAAACAACCCUCAGAGCCGCAAGUGGUUCCCCACACAGCGGGAUGUGCUGAGCCCGAGCAAGAACAUACGAUUCGUGGACAUCACGCACCCGUCCCUCUACCGUAGCGAUGCCAUGCUGGCGUCUCAGUCGCCUGAAAGCAAGGACUGCUUGCACCCGUGCCUGCCCGGGCUCCCUGACAUCUGGGUCGACCUGUUUUACGAGGUUUGGAAGGCCGACCCUGAGUUCAACAGCUGAUACUAACACUUGGUUGGUUCUAACUGCCAAAUACAUGCAAUUGCGGUUGCAGCACAGAUGUUCACUCGAAGCAUAUGUGUGUGUAUGCGUUGUCUUUGCUCUGGAUGGAUUACAAUGGGUGCGAAUCCCACGCACCCAGUAUAAUGUCGCAUGAAGGAUUGCGUGUCUCGUGUUAUUGUGUGCUUAUCUCUCAUUUGCCAGCAAGGUAGUUGUGAGAUAGCUGUGCCCAACAAUGGGCCUAGAAACUGAAGGGCUUCUGACCCGAUUAGGGAAAAUGAGGUGUGAGCAACUAUGUUGCU